GGGUAUCGGGGACAGUUUUGGAUUCAACAAACAAUCGGUGUUUGGCUGUUAUGACUAACGUCACUGUCUAACGUUACUUGCGCAUUGUUUGCCAGUUAGCUUGGGUAGGUAGCCACCGUGAUCUGUUCGUGUACAAAAAGUCUUUCGCGGGAGCCAACAGAUUGCAACGAUGAUGUCAGCCUUCUUGAGCUACACGGGUAGAUAAGGGGUUAAAAGAAGGUAGCUGUAAACGGCUAACGCUGCCAGGUCAGGCGUGAAUAUGGAGUCUAUGCUGAACAAGCUAAAAAGCACUGUCACCAAGGUGACGGCGGAUGUCACCAGUGCUGUCAUGGGCAACCCGGUGACACGGGAGUUUGAGGUUGGACGACAUAUCGCCAGCGGGGGUCCUGGCUUGUGUUGGAGGAUCUACAAUGGCACAAAGAAGUCCACAAAACAGGAAGUGGCUGUGUUUGUGUUUGACAAGAAGAUGAUCGAUAAGUACCAGAAAUUUGAGAAGGACCAAAUUGUUGAUUCGCUAAAAAAAGGGGUGCAGCAGCUGACCAGACUGCGUCACCCCCGUCUCCUGACCGUGCAGCAUCCCCUGGAAGAGUCACGAGACUGCUUGGCGUUCUGCACAGAGCCGGUGUUUGCCAGUCUGGCCAACGUGCUGGGCCAGUGGGAGAAUCUGCCCAGCCCCUUGCCCAGUGACAUCAAGGAGUACAAACUCUAUGAUGUGGAGACCAAGUACGGCCUGCUACAGAUCUCGGAGGGUUUGUCCUUUCUCCACAGCGGGGUGAAAAUGGUCCACGGCAACUUGUGUCCAGAGAACAUCAUCCUCAACAAGAGUGGAGCCUGGAAGAUCAUGGGCUUUGACUUCAGCAUCUCCUCCACAAACCCCUCGGAAGCUGAGCCCAAGUACUCGUGUAAAGAAUGGGAGCCCAACCUUCCUCCGCUCUGCCUCCCCAACCCUGAGUACCUGGCUCCUGAAUACAUCCUGUCCGUCAGCUGUGACUCCGCCUCCGACAUGUACUCGCUGGGCGUGGUCAUGCAUGCCGUCUUCAACGAGGGCAAGCCUGUUUUCCAAGUCAACAAGCACGACAUUUUUAAGAGCUUCAGCAGGCAGCUGGAUCAGCUGAGCAGCAUAAGUCCUGCAGUGCUGAACAAGAUCCCAGAGGAGGUUCGGGAGCAUGUCAAGAUGCUGCUCAGCGUCACAUCCACCGUCCGGCCAGAUGCAGACCAGAUGACAAAGAUUCCAUUUUUUGACGACGUGGGUGCUGUGACCUUGCAGUACUUUGACUCCCUCUUCCAGAGAGACAACCUGCAGAAGUCCCAGUUCUACAAAGGCCUCCCCAAAGUCCUGCCCAAACUCCCCAAGAGAGUGGUGGUGUAUCGAAUCUUGCCGGCGCUCACCUCUGAGUUUGUCAACCCGGACAUGGUUCCCUUCGUGCUGCCCAACGUGCUGCUGAUCGCCGAGGAGUGCACCAAGGAGGAGUACAUUCGUCUCAUCAUGCCUGACCUCACGCCUGUGUUCAAGCAGCAAGAGCCCGUUCAGGCUAGUAACAUGAUCCUGCUGAUAUUCCUGCAGAAGAUGGACCUACUGUUGACCAAAACACCCUCGGAGGAAAUUAAGAACAGCGUGCUGCCGAUGGUCUACAGAGCUGUGGAGGCACCUUCUGUACAGAUCCAGGAGCUGUGCCUGAACAUCAUCCCGACGUUUGCCAACCUGAUUGACUACCCGUCCAUGAAGAACUCCCUCAUCCCUCGGAUCAAAUCAGCCUGCCUGCAGACCUCUUCACUCGCUGUACGAGUGAACUCUCUGGUGUGUCUUGGGAAGAUCUUGGAAUAUCUGGACAAGUGGUACGUCAUCGAUGAGAUCCUGCCCUUCCUACAACAGAUCCCCUCCAGAGAACCAGCAGUACUCAUGGGAAUACUCGGAAUCUACAAGUGCACCUUCAGCCACAAGAAGCUUGGCAUCCCCAAAGAGCACCUCGCCACCAAGAGCCUGCCGCACCUCGUCUCUCUGAGUAUAGACAACAACCUCAACCUUAAUCAGUUUAACUCGUUCAUGGUGGUCAUACGGGACAUGCUGACUCGCAUGGAGACUGAACACAAGACCAAGUUGGAGCAGCUGCACAUCAUGCAGGAGCAGCAGAGGAGUAUAAACAUCUCAAAUCCAGGGCACCCACCAGAGGAGACCAAGGGCCCACCAAGCAGUGGCAACCAGAUUGAUGAUAUCUUCAGCAGCUCGGGGGUUAAUGGCAAAGAGAAUGGAUCAGCAGCAGCGGCCCCACAGCCUAAUAGAAUGUCUCUGACUCUAGAGGAGAAACAGCGACUGGCUAAGGAGCAGGAGCAGGCAGCCAAACUGAGGAACCAGCAGCCGUUAGCACCACAGAGCGUCAAACCAGCUAACACCUCAAAUACAAAGACUAAGGAUCUGACAAGCAGCCUGCUCAACAACAUGACAUCUCUAAACAGCCUGUCAUUGGCCAACUCACCACGACCAGCUCCGGUGCAGGGCACCACCAUGUCUGCCUUCCCCUCCCCUGGCCCCAUGGUGGGCUCCAUGGGCGCCUCAGUCUCCAAUGGGUUCAACCCACCCAUGGGCUUUCAGACAGGAGGCAUGGGCAUGGGGAUGGGCAUGCGGCCUACAGGCCCCGGCCUCUACGGCGGCAUGGCCACCACCACCAGCACCCCAAACUUUGGAGCCCUCUCACAGAACCAAGGACCCAUGGGGCAGACAAGUAAAGCCCCCGACCUGUCAGCCUUGGACAGUCUUUUCUCACCCAGCCAGCCCAAAGUCACCCUCAACCAAAUGGGUCCCAAGCCUACACCUGGCACCAACACUCCUUGGAUCAGUCAGUUUGGUGCAGCCCAGAACGCUCAGACUCAGAUGCAGGGUGCACCAGUGGGCAUGGGAGGAGUGCCCAGCGGGUUUGGGAUGCAAGCAAACCCUUUUUUCAGCCCACAGAACUUUGCUCAACCUGCUGCCCCAAGCCUGAACCAAAGUGGAGUUAAACAUAGUGCGUCUGUCAACAACGAUCUGAAAGACUUAUUCGGCUAAACUAAUUAAAAAGUAGAUGCUAAGUUGAGUAUAUUCUUUUAAUAACUUCGGACAGAAGAGCCUUGAAUUCUCACAGAACAAGACACUGAUUGAAUGUGAAGAUUUCCUCUCAAAGGCGCUGCUGUCUGUAUUUUUAAUCUGACCUGGUAUAAAUUCUGACUCUCGCUCACAUUCAGCUGGCAAAUUAACCUGCACCUGAAUUCCAUUUCUACUUGACCAGAAGGACAAACGGUUGGGGUGGGAAAUACUUCUUCUAUGCUGUUCUUUAAAUGCUGGGGGUUUCCUACUGUUUUGUACUUGACAUUCUUUGGGAGUCCAAAUGUCGUGGGUUGAGAUGAAUCCCAACUCAGUUUAUUCAGGAAGGUUUUGUGUUCAUUUGAUGAAUGACUGGAUUUCACUUCCUGAACAAGUUGCAUCAGAAUCACCCCUUAAAGGGAAACUUCGGUAUCUCUCAACCUGGACCCUGUUUUCCUGAGUUUUUGUGUCUGAGUGAGUAAUGGGAACAACAGUUUUUGAAACUGGUCUAGUAUUGCGAGAGACCACUGCAAUUGUGGCGUCAAAACAGGCCGUGAUGUAGUCCCCAUGGGAAAUUGUGCACCGUCAAUUUACGUCCAGAAAAAGUGCUUUUUUUUUUUGCCACUGACAGGCUCAAGUUGUUGUUAGAAGUGUCUUACCUUCCCCUGGUCUGUUAGUUAAAGUGACAAAGUCUCACCCAAGGAGAAGUCUGGUUUUGAGAUCUCACAAGAGGUGACUUGUUGCAGGAAAAACAAUGGCGCAAUCAUUAGUAAGAGUUGGAGAGAGGAGUGCCUGGAAGAAUUUGUUGUGUUAGAGUACAGAACAUGUAGCUUAGUGCAAUGGUUCCCAACUAGUUGGUCACGGAUCUACUCUGAAUGGACCACAAGUGACUCAUGAAUGUGUGUGUGAACUUUGUGAAAAACACCCUUUAUAUUGAGAGUGUGCAACUAAUGGACAGCUACUUGACAGAGACAGCAAACUAGCUCACUGACAUGGCCAGACACUAAAUACAUUAAACUGUGGACCUUGAACUAAUGACUAAGGAGAAAUCUGGACCCCGUGGCUGGACCAGUUGGGAACUACUGGCUUAGUGUUAUCUAAAAGAUUUUCAGUGUCAUGGCUGAAUAUUAAGCUGAUUUUGGCGAUAGGGAAAAAUCUUCGAGAUUCCAGGAUGAGAUUUCUCCUUGAGUGAGGGCUUUUGUACUUGAUGGCAAAGGUUACAGUUGGCAUUCACCUCCAGGACAAAUGACUCUGUAGCAGUCAUGGGUGUUAAUCCCCUCUAGCCCCGAUUGGACAUGAUGGAAAUACAGCAAUUGGAAGGACGUGCUAAUUUUAGCCACUUUGUGCCACAAAAUACCAUCCAGUUUGAUAGAGAGCCAGAGUGCGUAGAGAUAUAAAAAAAGAAGUAUCCAAUGGCCUCCAUGUUGCUUUCUGCUGUAUACUAACCUGUUUCCUGGCUUGUCCGGGAGGUUGAAUGUGACACAACAAAAAAAAAAAUAGGCAUACUUGCCCAAACAAGCACUGUUAAUGGACUUAAAUUGAUAGUGCACAAGUGGCGAUAGGGAUUACACUGAACCUGUUUCACCUCUGUGGCUGCAGCGGUCAGUCUCAACACUGGACCAAUGUCAAAAUCUGUGGUCUUUAUUCGUCACUAUGACACAAAAACAUGAGAAAAUAAGGUCCAGGUUGCAAAAACACCACUUUCCCUUUCAGAAUUAGCAGAAAAACAAGGUAAAAAAAAGGCUUCACAUCUGCUGGGUUUCAGGCUUCUGCAUCUUUACUGCUUCUCCGGACUAUUUUAGGCUUUGCUGCAUGUCUAAAGUGAUCAGAGAGUUGGCUUAAGAACAAAAACCCGCUCACACACACACCAAAGAUGUGUGAGCCCAGUGGGAGGUAGCUUGACGUGUAGCACUGACGAGCCUGCAGUCACUGAUCUGCAUCCAGGAGGCUCCUCCGUGGGGACUAUCUGAAAGGGGGUGUAGGAAGCUGACAGCCCAACAGUUUGAGGUUCAGAUUGGGGGUGGGUGGGGGGGUUCGGUACAAGUAGCCCCACUGCAGUCUGUCUCCAUGGUGACGGUUUCUCUGCAGCACCAGAAACCCCCAUUUUGUGAGCACAAAUUGAAUUGUGGUCAUCUUUGGUCUCAUUCUUUUCUGCUUUGAGUUGCUUAAUUUGACAUCUAAGCAUGUUAAAAAGCGAAGGGUUAGUUUCGUCCGGUCAAAGUUUGAUGACGACCAUUUCACCUCCUCUGGUAUCAAUUUCUGUAAAUGCAGUAUGAAUGAUUUCUCUGUGUCUUAUAGCGGAGUAGGGCGUGUGGAGUAGCAAAUACAGCAGUGUCCUUUAACAAGAUGCUAAAGCUAAAGGCGACAAACGAGGACCGUAUGCACUGCUUAGGCUUUUGUGCCUUACAUGGGUACACGUGUAGGACUAGACGGACAGCGCUCAUCUGUUACUCAAGUAUUAAUAGUUUCCCUUUUUAACCAGCUGUCUGCUUCUCAAAUUACUUGCUUUGCUGCAUGUUACUGAACUCGACCACGAAAGAUCUAAAGCUAGAUUUUUAGCAUCUUUUCUAACGAUGAUUCCUAAUGAUUCCAGCGACCUUUUCUUUCUCACAUCCAGCUGGGUUUGCUCGGAUGAGGUUUUUGAGGGUCUCAAAAUGCAAAUUUCCUUUGACCAAUUUGUACAAUGACGAAGAUUAUCACUAUAUAUUUUGAUUUCAGCACUUUUCAGCUGUCCAAGGACCUGUGCUGGCGACAUGUUAUUAUGAAGUGUAAAUAAAUAGCUAUUUAAAGAUGGAUUGCUCUGCGAGGGCCUUGGCAUUUGUAUGUCGUUGUGAUAAUGGUUAAGAGGCCUUAGAUGAGUCGUGUGCAAUAAUCAUUAUUGGUUGCGUGUCGACCGGCUCGAGCGGCCGUCGAUGUGUCCUUACCUUCAUGUCCGCCGACCUACAAUAGCUACAUGUCAGAUUUUCUAAACAGCCGAUCAUUAACGUGUACUCAUUCUGAAUCUUACAUUUUUGAAGAGGAUCGCACCGUUUUAGGGUUUUUAGAUGCACCAUGGUCACACUGUUUCUGCUGACAAUGAUUGUUGUUAACAUGCUGAAGUGUAACGUCUGGAUUAACUUUUGUUUUUUUGUGUAAUGACGCCACCUGUACGAGGUGAGCUCCCUUUCAGCCGCAUGGCAGUGAAUUGGACUCUUCAGGUUCUGUUUAUUUCCCCGUUUGUUUGUUUUUUUUUUUUUUUUUUUUU